AUGAUAGAGCUGUUAAGACGGCCACUUUUGUUGAUGCUGAUUGCUGUGCCUAUUCACCUGAUGUUAUUAAUCUCUUUGAAAGGAACACAUAACAUUUCGGCCGUAGAAAAAGAGUUUAAGUUUGUGGAAGCUUUGGAGGAAACUUGUGAGCGAAUGCUGCAAUAUAAACUGCAUAAAGAGAAGUCAGACAUUUCACGUUUUGCCAAGGAGGAAAGUAAUACAAUGAAAGCUCUGAAUGAGCUAAGAAGUAAAGGAGUUAAGGUAGAAUUAGGUAUACCUUACGAAAUGUGGGAUACUCCAUCAGUUGAAAUCGUAACGUUAAAACAGAACUGUGAGACAUUACUAGAGCGUUAUGAAAAUGAUCUCGAACAGUGGUAUAAUAUCAGGAAUAGACCACUACUUGAGGAAUAUCUGUGUAAAAAACGAGUAUUAAAACGCACAGAACGUGAUUGUAUGGAAAUUUCUGAUAAUCUAGAAUUAUAG